AUGGCGGGUCCCGUCACGGGCUGAGUCCGUCGGUGGCGCGCUCGGCGCCGGGGGGGGAGCCCACCGCCGCGCCGCUUCCCCGCCUCGUCCGCCGCACAGGUUCCCAUUUUAAAAGCCAUUAGAAGAUAUUCUGCCACCCUCUUGGAUUACUUCCCAUACAACUCAGCAUGUCACUGUGCCCUGGAUUUUAUAAGGUGGCCAUGAUUUAAUCCCCACUUCCAAUUCCUAUGUAUUGGUGAAGCUUUGGAGCUCUUUUGAGCUGCUCUUACUCCGUGGAACUGAUCUCGAGUCCCUUCUCCCAAGGACUAGACACUACCAGCAAUGAGCUCCCAAAGCCAUCCAGAUGGGCUUUCUGGCAGAGACCAGCCAGUGGAGCUGCUGAAUCCACCUCGAGUGAACCACAUGCCCAGCUCUGUUGAUGUGACCACAGCACUGCCCUUGCAAGUUGCCCCGAGUUCGGUGCCGAUGGAUCUGCGCCUGGACCACCAGUUCUCCAUGCCGGUGACGGAGCCCACGCUGCGGGAGCAGCAGCUGCAGCAGGAGCUGCUGGCGCUGAAGCAGAAGCAGCAGAUCCAGAGGCAGAUCCUGAUCGCGGAGUUCCAGCGGCAGCACGAGCAGCUCUCCCGGCAGCACGAGGCCCAGCUGCACGAGCACAUCAAACAGCAACAGGAGAUGUUGGCCAUGAAGCACCAGCAGGAGCUGUUGGAGCACCAGAGGAAGCUGGAGCAGCACCGGCAGGAGCAGGAGCUGGAGAAGCAGCACCGGGAGCAGAAACUUCAGCAGCUGAAAAACAAGGAGAAAGGAAAAGAGAGUGCAGUGGCAAGCACAGAAGUGAAGAUGAAAUUGCAGGAAUUUGUCUUAAAUAAGAAGAAGGCCUUGGCCCACCGGAAUCUCAACCACUGCAUCUCCAGUGACCCUCGCUUCUGGUACGGGAAGACCCAGCACAGCUCUCUGGACCAGAGUUCCCCUCCCCAAAGCGGCGUAUCCGGCACCUACAACCACCCGGUCCUGGGGAUGUACGAUUCCAAAGACGACUUCCCGCUCCGGAAAACAGCCUCUGAACCCAACCUGAAGCUGAGAUCCAGGCUAAAGCAGAAGGUGGCAGAGAGGAGGAGCAGCCCCCUCCUGCGCAGGAAGGACGGGCCGGUGGUGACGGCGCUGAAGAAGCGCCCACUGGACGUCACAGACUCUGCAUGCAACAGUGCUCCUGGAUCUGGUCCCAGCUCUCCAAACAACAGCUCCAACAACAUCAGCACCGAGAACGGGAUUGCGGGAUCGGUCACGAGUAUCCCGGCAGAGCCCAGCCUGGCCCACAGGCUCGUGAACCGCGAGGGCUCCGUGACGCAGCUCCCGCUCUACACCUCUCCUUCCCUGCCCAACAUCACGCUCGGCCUGCCUGCCACCGGCCCUUCCAGCGCGGGAUCAGCCCAGCAGGACGCGGAGAGACUCGCUAUCCCAACCCUGCAGCAGCGGAUCUCCCUCUUCCCUGGAACUCACCUCACUCCCUACUUGAGCACUACAACGUUGGAAAGGGAUGGGGGAACUGCACAUAACCCUCUCCUGCAACACAUGGUCUUACUGGAACAGCCAACUGCACAAACUCCCCUAGUCACAGACUGGUAUCUUUCAGGACUGCCCCUCCACGCACAGCCCCUGGUUGGAGGCGAGCGGGUCUCCCCUUCCAUCCACAAGCUGCGGCAGCACCGCCCGCUGGGGCGCACCCAGUCCGCGCCCCUGCCCCAGAACGCCCAGGCCCUGCAGCAGUUGGUGAUCCAGCAGCAGCACCAGCAGUUCUUGGAGAAACACAAACAGCAAUUCCAGCAGCAGCAGCUGCACAUCAACAAGAUUAUAUCCAAACCCAACGAGCCAGCCCGGCAGCACGAGAGCCACCCCGAGGAGACGGAGGAGGAGCUGCGGGAACACCAGGCCCUCCUGGAGGAGCCCUACGGCGACCGGGCCGCGGGCCAGAAGGAGGCCCCGGGACUGGCCAACGUGGUGCAGGUGAAGCAGGAACCCAUCGAGAGCGAUGAGGAGGAGGCAGAGCCUCAGCAGGAGCUGGAGCCCGGGCAGAGACAGGCGGAGCAGGAGCUGCUCUUCCGUCAGCAAGCCCUUCUCCUGGAGCAGCAGCGGAUCCACCAGCUGAGGAACUACCAGGCGUCGCUGGAGGCGGCCGGAAUGCCCGUGUCCUUUGGGGGACACCGGCCCCUGUCCCGGGCACAGUCCUCUCCAGCCUCAGCCACCUUCCCAAUGUCCGUGCAGGAGCCCCCCACUAAGCCAAGGUUCACAACAGGCCUCGUGUAUGACACCUUGAUGCUGAAGCACCAGUGUACCUGUGGAAACACCAACAGCCACCCGGAGCACGCGGGGAGGAUCCAGAGCAUCUGGUCCAGGCUCCAGGAGACGGGGCUGCGGGGCAAGUGUGAGUGCAUCCGUGGAAGGAAGGCGACUCUGGAAGAGCUGCAGACGGUUCACUCGGAAGCCCACACGCUGCUCUACGGCACAAACCCUCUGAACAGGCAGAAGCUGGACAGCAAGAAGCUUCUAGGUUCUCUAACGUCGAUGUUUGUCAGGCUGCCUUGCGGUGGUGUCGGGGUCGACAGUGACACCAUUUGGAACGAAGUGCACUCGUCGGGGGCCGCCCGCCUGGCCGUGGGCUGUGUCAUCGAGCUGGUCUUCAAAGUGGCCACAGGAGAACUCAAGAAUGGAUUUGCCGUUGUCCGGCCCCCGGGUCACCACGCAGAGGAGAGCACCCCCAUGGGUUUCUGCUAUUUUAACUCCGUGGCAAUCGCAGCGAAGCUGCUCCAGCAAAGGCUCAACGUGAGCAAAAUCCUGAUAGUGGACUGGGAUGUCCACCAUGGGAAUGGGACUCAGCAGGCCUUCUACAACGAUCCCAAUGUCCUUUAUAUCUCACUGCAUCGCUACGAUGAUGGGAAUUUCUUCCCAGGCAGCGGCGCUCCCGACGAGGUUGGCACAGGAGCAGGAGUUGGUUUCAACGUUAACAUGGCAUUUACUGGUGGCCUGGAUCCACCCAUGGGAGACACGGAAUAUUUAACUGCUUUCAGGACCGUGGUCAUGCCCAUUGCCAACGAGUUUGCCCCGGAUGUGGUGCUGGUGUCGUCCGGUUUCGACGCGGUGGAAGGACAUCCCACCCCCCUGGGAGGGUAUAACCUGUCAGCAAAAUGCUUCGGGUACCUGACGAAGCAGCUGAUGGGCCUGGCCGGGGGCCGGGUGGUCCUGGCCCUCGAGGGUGGCCACGACCUGACCGCCAUCUGCGACGCCUCCGAGGCCUGCGUGGCUGCUCUGCUGGGCAACGAGCUUGACCCUCUUCCAGAGAAGGUUUUCCAGCAGAGAGCCAACGCCAAUGCGGUGCAUUCCAUGGAGAAGGUCAUCGAGAUCCACAGCAAGUACUGGCACUCCCUGCAACGUUCUGCCUCCACAGUGGGCUAUUCCCUGGUGGAGGCUCAGAAGUGUGAGAACGAGGAGGCAGAGACGGUGACGGCCAUGGCCUCGCUGUCCGUGGGCGUGAAGCCAGCAGAGAAGAGACCUGAGGACGAGCCCAUGGAAGAGGAACCUCCCCUGUAGCAUUAACCUUCGAGCUGGAGUUCUCCUGUCUGUUCGUCUUCGUCUCGAAGCUCUGCCAAGAAGCUUUCUCUUGUUACUCCUGCGUCCUGUCGCGGUUAAUUCCAGAACACGGGAAGGACAGCCAGGUGUAAAGCAAAGCAACCGACAACAAAACCGGAAUCUCUGCGUAUCUUUGAGUCUCUGUUUGCCGAAAAAUGCUGGUGAAGAGCAGCAAAGGACUGACAAUGUUGGGUGCUCUUCCUCUGGUCCUCACUGGGAGCGGAACGAGGAACGACGCCCGGGAAGUCUUUGGCAGAGUUGCCAAAAAACACACACAAAAAAAUAUAAAGAAAUCAAAGCUUCAACAACAAACACACGCGAAAAUAAAACAAACCUUAACAUAAAACUGGUGCUUACAAGCUGAUGACCCACAACUGAGCAAUCUCCGCUUGAACCACUCGGCCCAUCGUGUAGUUUCAUUUCUUGGAUAUUUUGGAAUGGCUCUUGCCUGCCUGGGAGUCAGCGACAGCUCCUGUCGGAACGGGAACUCUGGGAGAUGGUGUAUUUUUAACGGGGAGGGACAGGGAAUGAGGGACUCAUCUGACAUCUAAAGGAAAGGGAAGGAGAAAGGGGGAAACGUGAGCCCAGAUGGAGUCGGCUUUAUGGUCUCCAAAGCCAUCUGAAGAUGAGUUUGUGCCUUUUUUUCUAAUUGAUGGAUUUGGUGCAGCUGGAUUUUCUGAAGUUUGAGGAACAAUGCCUUAAGUAAAAAAAAAAAAAAUAAAAACAAACAAACAAAAACCACAAAGAACACAGCAGUUCCUGAAUAUUUUUCCUCUGGUUGGGAAAGCCAAGAACUGCCAUCAGGAAGGAAGACUUUUUGGCUUGUGCUGGCAUGAUGGUGGGAAGCAGGCAUCAGCUGAACGGAGCGUCUCCAAAAACUCUCGACAAGUUUGGAUUUGUUUUGUUUUCUUUCAUUGCUGUUUCAAAAAAAAAAAAAAAAAAAAGGAAAAAAAAAAGAAAAAAAUAAGGUAGUUGCCAAAAAAAGUGGCAAAUACUGUUGGGUCUUUGAAAUUCAACCAUUUUUAACAACAAAUUUUCCAAUGUUUUCUCUCUCUUCUACAUUAUCUGGCAAUUGAACUUAUCGAUUUGGUUGUCGAAGCAUGUAUUAGACACAACUGCAGGUUUUAAGACUGGAAUGCUUUUUAUUAAAAGCAACUAGCAUGAGAUAUUGCUUAAAUUGUUAGGUAUAAAUAUAUAUGUGUAUAAUGUAUAGUCCAAAUGUAUUCCAAGCUUAGAAACCGGAUUCCUAUGAAUUAUUGAGAAAAAUAUUUAUGAUGCAUUUCUAGGAAAAAAAGAAAAAAAAAGAAAUAUAUGUAAUAAAUGCAUACUCUAACAGUAGCUAUUGGAAGCUCCCUAGGGAGAGAUUUGGGAAUUGGAACGUCCAAGGUGCUUUUGGAAAAGGAUCCAGGUUGAAACAUGAGGACUUUUCAGGUGACAGGUUGGGAAGUUUUUCAGAAAGCCAACACUUGAGCCACUGGGCAACUACCCUAAACAUUUGUAUUUUAAUUUAAGGUUUUUAGUUGUGAUCCUUUUCUAACAAAGACAAGAAAACAAAGAGUUUUUUAUAGCGAAGACGAUGAA